AUGGAACCCCUCCCACCGCUGCCUAAAGUCCGGUUAUCAUCUAUUCAUCGUUUAAAUUGUUUGAUUCACCUCUGCAUCUUUAAAGUCCUCGCAAUUCUUUAUUUCACUUACCGCAGAAUCUACAAUUCUACACCAGCGUCACGGCCUACAUUCGUUAAAUGCUAUCCCUGCCGGCCGAGUCUGGAAUGCCGCUUCUUCAUUCCGCCAACGUAUAAAAGUGGACAGGAGUUAGCCUUGUACUUCGAUAUCCACAGUGGAGGGUUUGCUUUCUGCGAUGCAACUGUGGAUGAUGAGUUCUGUUCUUCUUGGGCCGCGCGGACAGGGAUGAUGGUCGCGAGCUUAAAUUACCGCAAGGCUCCACUGUAUCCGUUCCCGACUCCAACCUAUGACCUCGCUAGCGUCAUGAAGGCGGUGCUUAGCGAUGAGGCUCUGCCUAUUGAUCAAUCGCGCGUGGUUGUAGGUGGAUUCAGUGCCGGUGGGAACCUUGCAUUGUCGGUGUCCCAAUUGCCUGGUUUCAGGGGAAUUGUCAAAGCAAUCAUCUCCUACUACCCCAUUCUCGAUUUCGGUCAGCCACCUAAUGAGAAGUUGGAUUUAAGGCCGUGUCAAGAUGGACCGAGGGAUAGCCUGGAAAAGUCCUCUUGGUGGCUGGACUGGGGAUAUGUCUCGGUUGGCCAGGAUAGACGCGAUCCCCUGCUAAGUCCCUACUACGCAAAGAAAGAGAAUCUUCCGGCGAAUAUCUACAUGGUCGGUGCGGAGUGGGAUAUGUUGCGCCUGGAAGCUCAAGAGAUGAUCCAUAAUCUGGCGGGUCUUGAGAGCAAGGAGGAUCAUGAAGAGGCGUUUGAGGAGGGGGGUUACAAGUGGACUCUUGCUUUGGGAUGCCCUCAUGGCUUCACUCAUCCUAACAGAAGACGCUAUUCAGAGGCGAGUAGGUUAAAACGCGAGGCUGAUGUGAUCUACGCGGAAGCGUAUCAUUGGUUGAAGAAAAGGGCCCUCGCGUAA